CACAUGACUGGCUUUAAUGGCUGCUGAGCACUGGGGCGCGCGCGCUGCCCAGCGCAACGUUGCGUUCCCUCCUCCUUUCCUCCCCUCCGUCCCACUCGGGUCAGGCAGCCGUUCGGUGUGACUUUGCAGAGCUGGGACCCCCAGAGCGUGUGCUUCUGUCUUCGUGAAGACGAGACUUGGUUUUGGGAAAGAGGGGGUGUUGGCGAGAGUUUUGUGCAUGCCCUAGUAACUCAAGAGAGGGAGAGGGACCUGCUUUCCAGUUCUGUCACCACCUUGUGCCGAGGACCUUGCAGCUUCUCCUACAUACUUUUGGAAGAUCUGUUCCCAACGAUUUCUGAAAUAUUUUUGAAAUCUUGAGGACCCACUCUGCUUGCCUGGGGAAUUUUCUGGAAGACUGAACAUAUUUCUUCUGCUUAACUUUGGCCUGAACCCCAAGGCAAGGUGAAAUUACACUGAUUUUGCAUCACAUUUUGAUGGUUCUGGACUGCUCCUCUAUAUUAAGUGCUCUGCAUUCAGCCCUUAUGUGAAUCUUUUUUAUCAAGGAUCAGGCCUGUGGAUUGUGCCAGCCAUGGCAAGCAACAGUAGCUCCUGUUCUACACCAGGGAGUGGACAUCUCAGCAGUUACCCAGUUCCUCACUAUUUCUUCUUUCCCCACAUGAUUGGAGGCCUCUCACCUCCAGGAACUCUGCCUGGAAUGCAACACCAGCUGCCAGUCAGUGGGUACAGUACACCUUCACCAGCUACCAUUGAAACACAAAGUACCAGCUCAGAAGAGAUUGUACCCAGUCCUCCUUCACCACCCCCACUGCCCCGAAUCUACAAACCCUGCUUUGUGUGUCAGGAUAAGUCAUCCGGCUACCACUAUGGUGUUAGCGCCUGUGAAGGAUGCAAGGGCUUUUUCCGUCGUAGUAUCCAGAAGAACAUGGUAUAUACCUGCCACCGGGACAAGAACUGUAUCAUCAACAAAGUGACCCGGAACCGCUGUCAGUACUGCCGCCUACAGAAGUGCUUUGAAGUUGGCAUGUCCAAAGAAUCUGUCCGGAAUGAUAGGAACAAGAAGAAAAAAGAUGCUCCAAAGCAGGAAUGUUCAGAGAGCUACAUCAUUACACCUGAGGUGGAGGAUCUCAUCGAGAAAGUGCGCAAGGCUCACCAGGAGACCUUCCCUGCCCUCUGCCAGUUGGGCAAAUACACCACCAACAACAGUUCAGAUCAGCGGAUAUCUCUUGACAUUGAUCUGUGGGACAAAUUCAGUGAAUUGUCCACAAAGUGCAUCAUCAAGACAGUUGAAUUUGCCAAGCAGUUGCCAGGCUUCACCACACUCACAAUUGCUGACCAGAUCACACUCCUCAAAGCAGCCUGCCUCGACAUCUUGAUCCUUCGGAUAUGCACACGCUACACACCAGAGCAGGACACCAUGACCUUUUCUGAUGGUCUGACCCUCAACCGCACUCAGAUGCAUAAUGCAGGCUUUGGACCCCUCACAGACCUGGUCUUUGCCUUUGCCAACCAGCUGCUGCCACUUGAGAUGGAUGAUGCUGAAACCGGACUCCUCAGCGCCAUCUGCCUCAUAUGCGGAGACCGACAAGAUCUGGAACAACCAGACCGAGUGGAUCAAUUGCAAGAACCUCUGUUGGAAGCCCUGAAAAUCUAUGUGAGAAAGAGAAGACCUAGCAAACCCCAUAUGUUCCCCAAAAUGCUGAUGAAGAUUACAGAUCUACGGAGCAUCAGUGCAAAAGGUGCUGAAAGAGUGAUAACUUUGAAAAUGGAAAUUCCUGGAUCAAUGCCACCCCUCAUCCAGGAAAUGCUGGAGAACUCUGAAGGCAUGGAUUCUUUAGGGGGAUCAACAGGAGCUCCUUCCCGUAUCAGUAGCUUAGCUCCACCUCCAGGCAGCUGCAGCCCUAGCCUCUCGCCCAGCUCCAACAGAAGCAGUCCUGCCACACAUUCACCGUGACCAUGCUGGACCCCUGAACUAGUUGCUUGAUCCCCCCCUCCUGCGCACAUCGGUCUUUUGCUUCCUGGGUCUGCCUGGACACACGUCUCAGGAGGAGCAGAGGUGGGGUGAAGGCGUAGCAGUGGGACAGACUGUUGCUGCAGGCAUUCUUCUCCUCCCUCUCUGUACCACAUCAGUCCUGCUCAGACCCAAGAGGGAAGGCUUCUUAUGUUCUCCUAUACCAGCACACUAUUUCUCACUUAGCUGUUCAAACAAAACAGGGUUCCGUUUGCAAGUAAGAAUCCUGUUCUCAUGGAGGGAGGCACAGACUUUCUCUGAAGGCAGAUCAGCAAGUAGAUCUGAAGGACGGCUGCUCAAAAUUAGGAGCAAGAUUUUUUUCCCCCCCAAAAGAAACUAGUUACAGAAAAAAAAAACUUCUCUGUGGCACGUAUCCCCCUCCCCACUCUCUUCUUCAGUCUCGUCAUGCACAUAUACAUGCCUCCACAAAAGUGUUGCUUGCUUCUUGUUGCAGUGAAAAUGAAGUAGUGGGUUUUUUUUUUUCCAGUUGAGUUUGCAUUUCAGAUAUUUCGGGGAAAGGGUAUAACGUUUUUUUUUAAAUUGCUCAAACCUUCUCUUCAUCCUCAAUUUGACCGUGCAAUCUUACCUUUGUCUCUUUUCUUGCCGCCUCCUACUUGUCCACUCACAUAUGCCUAAAAAUGUCACCAGCAAUUUUUUUAAAAAAAGAAACAUUAGUUCUUCAGUUUCUUUUUUUAAAGUACAGUAAAACAUGGAGGGAAGGAUUCAUUUAAGAAAGAAUAACUAUUAUAUAUACAAAUAUCUAUAAAUAUAUAUAAAUACAUUUGAAAAAAAAAACUUUGUACAAGUUUGGAAUUUGAAGGGUUUCUAAAAAAGAGGGUGGCAAGGAAAAGGCCAGAAAAACCAAACCAAAUCAUGGAGAUUCAUGUGUGGUCAUGCUUCUCAUUAUAGAUUCAAAACUGUUAUCUAGCCAAGUACUUGAAUUUGGUAGCCACUCUUCUACGAACACUAUGCCAGGAAUGACUGAGAAACCUGGCUUAUUGGUAAGUAAUCAUGAGUUCGUGCACAGUUACUAAUAAAUUCUGCUCAGCUUAAAUAGCCAGAAAUGGCCAGUGGCAAAGAAGUUAUCACUGCAUUCAAAACAAGUCUUGGCUGAUCUCUUGUUUAAGAAUACAGAGUCUGCAGAGCAAGGCAUAUUUAAAAAGAAAACCCACAAGCCACUGCUCUAAUUUGCUUUGGUCCUAUUUUCAGAGAGAGCUAACUGAAAGCAAUAGGACAACAUUCCUUGCUGCCAGAAUUUCCUGGAGUGUGUUUAAGUUUCAGUGUUUCCUGCAACUGUGGCUAGUAUGAGUUAAAGGAACUUAAUUUUGGCUAGUCACGUACUUACUGGCUGCUUUUAUUUGCAAUAUAUCUUGUUUGGAUCACAUGGAUACAAAGUUAAAAUCUCAACAUUCUCUUUUUUAUUUCUAUUUUGGCAAAUGAAAAAUUGAGAAAUGAGGGGGUUCUGAACAUUGUGAUAAAAGUAUUGUUUUGAGCAAAAGGCUGUGUUUUCUAAAGGUGUGUGUCAGUGUGUGUGUGUGUGUCAAAAACACUUACGUUGUUACAUGUUCUUACUAACAAAAAGCCAAUUUCUCCCUCUCACUCAACUCCUGAUUCUUAUUAUAAAAUACUUUUGAAAGAGCAACUUUAAUAUUGUAAGGCACAGAAUUUUAUCAGGGGAAACAUCUUACUUUUUUCCUUCAGUCCACUGACUUUUGUUCACUUUAUUGGUUUCUAGGUUGAAUAAUUUGUAUCCUCUUUUGGAAGAGAAAGAUUAAGGGCAGGGGUCUAAAGAGUUAACGUUGGAAGAUUUGUGGUGGGUGAAGGGUUUCUUUUCUAUAAUGAUUCACAUAAUCUGAAUUGCCUAUCACCAACUUGUUGUGUCUUGUGAUCCAAAGGCUUGGGGAAAGAUUGCUUUUCAAAGAGAAUAAGGCAGAUAAACAAUCACUGUAGUCCUUGAAUAUAAUAGGACUAGUUUUGAGUUCCAUCCAUAACAUGAUACCACUAGUUUUCAUCCCUAUGCCUAUUUAUCUGAAAAAAAAAAGUUUGUUUUCCAACUGUAGAAUUCUACUUGUGUUUAUGUAGAAGUAAAUCAAAGAGGCUUCAUUCCAAAGCCGUGGAAAUAGGAAUGAGGUCCUUCAAACUGCCGCCCCAUUAGGUUCAAAACAACUGCCUUGGGUGGAUUCCUGAUUUAUCUAUAGAGAACACACCAUGCUUUAAAGAUGUAGCCAGCUCCAAGUCUCUUUAGGGCAGGCUGAGGAGAUUAUCAGUAUGGUUUAUUCUAGGUUUUUUUUUUUUUUGGUGUGUGUUGAGAUUUGAUUGUCUUAGAAUAUGUGACAUGACAUUUAAACAGAAUUGUGGAGGGUGGGAGUAGCAGCAAGAUUUUUAUUCUCAAAAAAGCCCCUCCCUCAGGUUGCAAGGCAUGUGUUUCACACUUCUCAGAUAUGUAUAUAAAGUUGUUAUUUCAUAUAAAAAGAUCCUGGUGAAUUUAAAUCCUCCCAUAAUUGUUGAAUUGGGUGGGGAUGGGCUUGUGCGAUGUCUUAUGUGUGUCCCUUAAAAGAAAUGACUGUCUGGUGUAAAUGAAUUACCUUAUUCUCAGCCCUAUUGCAUUAAGUGAUCAGCAAUUUAUUGAAGGGUUAAGUCAGCAGGGAUUAGCCAUGGUAAGUCAAUGGACCUUUCCUAUGGUAAGGUAAUAUACUUUUAAACAUUAGAUGCCAAGGAGUAACAAUAAAGGAAAUCUGGGUUUGUUACAAUUAUAUAUUUUGAAAUUUCAGAAAUAUUUGGCUGGCUGCCCUGGAAAUAGAACUAGACCGAUGAUAAGGUGAAUCCACAUCUUAGUUCUUAUUACACCAAUGUGCAAUAACCUUGCACUUAGCAAAGCAAAUUUGUAAGGGCACUAAGGUGGAAUUUCAAUGGCACAAUGAGCUUUGUUUAGUUUAGAAAUCUUUUACUAAAUGAACUACAACUACCCAAAUGUAUUGUCCCAAAGCUGCUUUUUCAAGAGGCAACUGGACUUUCUGUUUUUUCUUUGAAAACGAUUUGCUUCUCAUCCAAGAAGCUUCUUCAGCUGAAGAAACUUCUUGGAUGAGAAAUGAAACGUUUUCAAAGAAAAAAACAGAAAGUCCAGUUGCCUCUUGAAAAAGCAGCUUUGGUACAACCAUGACCUGGAUGACUGAGAAUCUCCAUAGACAUUUACCCAAUUGUAUGUUUUUGACAGCAAAGGCAGAAAAACUCUGCAUGACAAUUCAGUGCUGUCCAAUCAAAAUGGAGAAACAUGAUAACAUUUAACAUAUCAUUAAUGUAUGGAUUAGUUACAAAAGCCAGAUGAAUUUGUCAAUAUUGUUCCAGUCUGGGAUUAAUAAAUAGGUUUGCAAGUAAGUAAUUAGUAUACUCUUUCCAAAUCAUCUGCCUGACCUAUGUUAAGAAAUCACAAAAUAUUGGACUAGAAAGAUUGUGCUUCAUCAGAACAAGGCAAUUCUUACCAGAUUCUCUCCUAUUUAGAGUUGUGUGAAAUCCUUUAGUUCAUCUUUGAGUAUUCUAAUAGGAAACCAGCAGCUUUUAACAUUGUCAUUCUUCUGAGCAUCUCUUUGAUGAAGCUGAAAUUCAAAUGUAAGGAGGAUUAAGAAGUUUAAGUUUGUAAACCCCUUUCCUCAAGCUGCUGCCCUCCAGUUAUGUUGGACUACAAUCUUCCAACAUGGACAUACUUCUAGCAUUUCAAAAACACUUGAGAGAAAAAUCAGUUUUCCUCAUGCUUUUGUUUUAGACCAUAUGACAUUUGAGAAAACAUGGAAGAUAAUCUUUGAAGUAGCAAAAUGCACUGUUUGUGGUUGGGACAUCUGACUUCCAAGGCACCUAAUGAAGCAGGAGGGCGCUCUUGAAUAUUUUAUAAAACUCACCUCCAGUAUAGGAGAAAUGAUUGUGCAGCAGCUUUAUUCCAAUAUUCCACCAGAACUUUUUAAGAAUGGUUCAGGCAGAAAUUCUGCAAGAUAAAUUUUCUCUGGUGUGAAGAGAAUAAAAUGGAAGAAAAAAUAACAGAAAUGUCCAUUUUAUAAUUAAUUGCUGUUAGUUUCCUGGAUACCCCAAAAUUGUGACUGGAAAAGUAAGGUAAAAUACUGGUUUAGAUAUACUACUUCACAUUGUUUCACACUCAGAAAAUAGACCAUAUUUGUUUGACCAUUGACAUUUCUCAAAUGAUGAGAUUACGUUUGUUUUCUUCUGUUACAUGCAGUGGCAUUUUCUUCUCCUUCCAUUGGUGUUUCUCAUAAAAGGUUGGAGGUUGACAAUCAGAAUAGUGUUUUGUUGCACAGAGCUAUGACAGCAAUCCUAAUAUGGAUCAGUUGACAAGAGGGACAAGUCAACUCUUGUGCUUCUGUGCUUUUACAUUUGUUUGCUCAUGGCUACUCCGAGGCAGACAGGUUCGAUGGAGCAGGCCUAACAGGCUGCGACCCCUUUAAUGUAAGGAUGGGCAAUCUCUUUUUGUUAGAAUCUUGCUUAUCAUCUGUUAACGUUGACUCAGAAGAAUCACAGGAUUUAAAGUAAUCCAGUCAUUUGAUUCAAGUAGAUGGAGUUGGAAAUUUUGUCCCUUUCUAUUUUCUUUUUGGUGGUGGGAUUUAUGAAUGCAUUUAGACUUUUCUGAGGUUUUUCACCUCUUAUCAGUUGUACAGUAUGAUGGGGUGGGCAUACUUAGUGACCUAAGCGAUAUAGAGGUUACUCAACUUUGCUUUAAUGAUGCCAGCAGCUAGAACCAAGUCCAGGAAGAGAUGGAGUUCAGCAACCCACCUGUUCAGCAGUGGAUAUGGAAAUGGGGCUAAGGGUAUUUUAUUAUUUAAUCAAGAUGGAGUAGUUUCAGCUCUGGAAACGAAGUUCAGCUCUUCCUUUAAAAACUGCAAUUCUUAGCACUGGCAAGCAUACGUUGUAAGAGUUGGUAAAAAAAAAAUGAAAUAAGGUGUCAACACCUCUUUUAAGUGGAGGUGAUAAAUAUGGAGCCUAUCUGGGUACAUGGUGGGGAAGGGAAGAAUCAUUUCUACAUUGUGCUGCAGUAUGAUAGUAAGUAUAGCAAACACUUGUGUCAACAGAUUUCAUCCAAUUUCAGUCUGUAUAAGUCUGUAUAAGUGCUUUUGGUUUGAACUGUUCUAAAGCCAAGCUUAGCUGAAAUUCAGUUACACUGUACUGAAAUCUUUGCUUCUGAAGACUCAGAGGUACAUUUGGUAGUGUAACAUGCCACUCAUUAAUCAAGCUUUGCCAAAUGCUGUGAGAAGGUAAAUUACCAAGUAUGCAAUAUCUCAUUUAUGCACAAUGCUCCUUCCCUCAAUAUAGGACCACAGGUAAACAAGUUUAACAUUGAGACUACAAAUGUAUCAGAAUCCGGGCUAGAGUGUAUUAGCGUGUCUUGAUUAAGCCUAUUCCACAAAAACGAUUUUCUGCAACAUCAGUUUAGAAAUUGGUACCUUGGUCGCUAUUUCUGUUAUUUCAAAAUGUCAUUGCCUUGGUCCAAACUGAUCCCAUUCUGUAGCAUCUUCCCUCUCUCUGUGCAAAGGGAAAGAUGGUAGGGUGGGGUAAACAACAAACUGACAAAUGCUGAUUUCCUGUUGAAGGUCAGAGUGACACAAUCAAUGACACCCCUGCUGUUUCACCAGACUAGUGAGGAAAAUGCAAAGCUGUCAGGCCAGCAUUUCCCUUUCAGGACCUGAAGCUUGAGCUUUUCCAGCUGAAAAGAACUUCAAAGCAGGUUCUUUUGCGCUGUGUCUGAGCCAAAUGUACAUCAUCUCUGCAGGCAUAAAGAAGACAAUAGUAUGGGAUUACUAUACACAAAUGUGGAAUCAAUCCAAGAAUGAUGAGAACAUCCCUUGUGCAAGUCACAAAACGAUGAACAGUAGCCAAAGAUGGGGAGGGCUUUAAAAUCAAAGAAAUGUAAAGAGAAUUAUGGGAAUGGUUGUGAUAAACUGCCUCUAAAAUAAGAGUAACUGAAGAUUUGAACUGGAGAAUAACUCUCUGAUGAGGGAAUGUGAUGAGCCUUACAUCUGCCUUACAGAAAAUGGUAUUUGGAUUCUUUAUCUUUGGAAGCCUGGACCCAGUAUUUUAUGAAGCUAAUGGAAGACAGAGCAAAAGACUACUAGAAGCAGAUGAGAUACACAAGCCUUUUGGCAACAUCAAAGCCAGUCUGAAUCUUCAUAAAUGGAAUUAUUCAGAAGCCACUUUAAUUAAUCUGAAGAACUGAUAGUUUCACCACCAGCUUUCUUCUUAUGCAUUGUGCAGCAUUCAGUUGUGCAAAUAGGGACAGCAAAUAAUUUCCCAACAGUUUAGCAGGAGAAAAGAAUGGCCAGAGAAACUCUUGGAGAAAAAGCAUCUGAACAGCUGCAGCUGAUCCAUUGUGGAUGACGGAGAAAAAAACUUCCUGCUAAGUAAGCAGAGACUGUAGGAGGAAUACAAGGUAGGCAGGUUCCAGGGAGUGAGCUCACUGAGUGAAUGAACAGGGAUUAAAUAGACAUUUUCCCAAAGAAAUCUCUAAGUCAAACAUUGUACUACACUAACCUGUGAGCCUCAGAAGGAAAAGAAAUAAGAGUUGGUUGUUGGUGAUGCCUUAGUAACCAAAAAUGCAACAAACCAAGUAGCCUACACUCAUGACCUGCAAUGUUUAUAGCAUGCUAUUCUUGCCCCCAACCCAUUGGCUUAUGGUUGCAUUAAAUGCAGACUUGUAGCAGUUACUGCAGGCCAGGGGAAUGGGGAGUCAAAGGUUUGGAGCAAUGAUCAGCCAAAAUUCAGCCAAUAAGACAGUAGGUUAAAAAGUUUCCAAGUUGGUUUCAAAGCUUAGAGGCUUAAUGGAACAAUCCAUCGUUUUCUUGACAACCGAAUAAAAGUGAUGUGCCAUUAUCUUCCAAUAUGUUUUUUUUUACAACUUUCCAAACUAAACCUAUUACAGGUAGUUCUCGACUUGCAAUCCAAUUGGGAUCAGAAUUUCAGUUGCUAAGCAAGGUGGUUGUUAAGUGAAUUGCACCCAAUUGUACAACCUUUUUGCCACAGUAGCUAAGUGAAUCUGUGCAAUUAUGAAACGAACCACACUUGCUCAGUGAAUCCUGAUUCCCCCAUUGACUUUGCUUGUCAGAAGUGACUUGGGAAUGUUGCAAAUGGCAAACACAUGACCCCAGGAUGCUGCAAUGGUCAUAAAUACAUGCCAGAUACCAAGCACCUGAAUGUUGAUAACAUGAACGUGGGGAUGCUGCAAACCAAUCCAGUGCCAUUGUAACUUUGAAAGUUAGCUAAACAAAUAGCAACAAGUCGAGGACUACCUGUAUUUGAAUUAUUGGAUAUGCAAAUUGUGUUGGUAAGAACCAUUUACUUCUGGAGUUAUGGGAGUUAUCUAGAUGAUGGGUUGCUGGCAUGAGUUGUUCCUCAUAAGACCUGGUAAAAAUGUGUUGGCCAAAGCAUGCUGAGCUGAAUAGAAGGGCUUUUAAUUGAAUCCUCUGAGAGAUUGAAAUGAAAACUCUGAAGUGGGAAUCUCAAAGAUUUGCCUUUUAUAGGAAGAAUUGGGAGUGUAAAACUUGUGACAAAAAGUAGUACCGCUGGUGUUUUCUCAAGGAAUUGCAGAUAAUUUUAUUCAAAAGCAAAUUGCAGGUUUCUUAAAUAAUGGGGGAUGUUAAUUCCACCAAAACCUACUGGGAAAGAAGUAAAUUCCUAACUUGUGUCACUUACAAUUUCUCCUUCAGAAGAUGGAAGAAGUCUCAGGAGACUUGAUACCAACUAAUAAAGAUAGUUGAGGAAGUAGAAAUAUUGGAAAGUGGGUACGGGAUGAUGAUAAUGUAACCAUGGAAUUCUUGAUUUUCAGUCAGUUAAAUAUAUUCAAAUUCAUAUCUUGGAUUUCAGGCCAUCUGGUUUUAAUAAAUUUAAUAAAAAUAAUUAGAAUUCCAUAGCAGGGAGAGCAAAUGGAAAAGGAACUCAACUUUAGUCUCAAAUUCCUACAAAAGGAAAUACUAAAAGAAAAUUACAAAUCAUUCCAAUGGGAAAAGAAAUAAGACAGUGGAAGAAACGAGUGUUCGUGCACAAAACUUGCGGAGAUUUGAAACAAUCGAAAGGAAAUGCAUAGAAGAUGGAAAAUUGAACAUGUCACCAAGAAAGAAGAACUGUAGAGAUGGGAUCAAGAAAGCUGAAGCUCAGUGCGGAAUAUUUCAAACAUCGCAAAAGUCAUCCUUAGAUGUCUUCAAAAUAGAGGAAAAAGAAUCCACAUGCUAGCUGCUAAAUGAAGUAAAGUAACAAAUACAGAGCUGCUCAUCUCCUAUGUUGGCUCUGGCUUCUCCAACAAGAGGUAGUUGUGAGGAGCAAGACAAAGAGGCAGGUGAAGCACGAGGUUAAAUAAAAUAAUUUCAACAACAACAGCUCAGUAUAUCUGUUUAUUUCAAACAAGUUUGAAUCUCAGGCCCAGGUGAAUUUUUGAGUUAUUGGGAAGUUUUGCUGAUGUCUGAUGAACCCUCCAUAGUUGGCAUUUGAGAAAUCCUGGAGAUCUGUUGAAAUGUUAAUGACUAAAGAAAGUAGUUAUCAAAAUUUGUAGAUAGCACACAAAAUAUUGGGAUAAUAACGCAGAAAUGGCAUUCAAAAUGGGAUGUGCAGGACUUUGAGUCCUAAAGGCUUCAGGGAGGGAGUGGCCAUGCUUGUUGUACCUGUUGGUGUCUGCUUAAAGAAGCCACACCUUUUUGUGGACUUGUAUUCUUAACUAUGAACCCCAUGAAAAGUUUUUCCUAAAUAAAAAAAAUAAGAAAAUGA